CUUUCAAAAUAGAGCACCAGUGACCUGGACCAGAGCCACAGUAAAGAUGAAUGAGUCUCAUGAGGUUUUCUAUCAGGAGGAGGUAGUGAUGGGUAACUCCACAUGGGCAUACACUUACUAUCACCAAAACUACACCCUGCCACCUCCACUGAUACCAGACAAGAGGAGUACCUCUAAACUUGCAGCAUGCGAGCAGGUCCACAUUGCUGUAGAGGUCUUUCUAAUCCUGGGGAUUAUCUCCCUGCUGGAGAAUAUCCUCGUUAUCACAGCCAUAGUAAAGAACAAGAACCUCCACUCACCCAUGUACUUCUUUGUCUGCAGUUUGGCAGUAGCAGACAUGCUGGUGAGUGUGUCCAAUGCCUGGGAGACCGUCAUCAUUUACCUUCUGAACAACAGACAGCUGGUGGUGGAAGACCACUUCAUUCGGCAGAUGGACAAUGUGUUUGACUCCAUGAUCUGCAUCUCUGUUGUUGCGUCGAUGUGCAGCUUACUGGCCAUCGCUGUGGACAGGUACAUCACUAUCUUCUAUGCACUGAGGUACCACAACAUAAUGACAGUGAAGAGAGCUGGCUGCAUCAUCGGGGGAAUAUGGACCUUCUGCACGGGCUGUGGUAUCAUCUUCAUUAUCUACUCAGACUCCACCCCCGUCAUCGUCUGCCUGGUCUCCAUGUUCUUCGCAAUGCUACUCAUCAUGGCCUCCCUCUACAGCCACAUGUUUAUGCUGGCCCGCUCGCACGCGAAGCGCAUCGCCGCACUGCCUGGCUACAACUCCAUCCACCAGCGAGCCAGCAUGAAGGGGGCCAUCACACUGACCAUACUGUUGGGGAUCUUCAUUGUCUGCUGGGCACCCUUCUUUCUCCACCUUAUCCUAAUGAUCUCCUGUCCGCGCAACAUCUACUGUGUGUGCUUCAUGUCCCACUUCAACAUGUACCUCAUCCUUAUCAUGUGCAAUUCUGUGAUUGACCCCCUCAUUUAUGCCUUCAGAAGUCAGGAGAUGAGGAAAACUUUUAAAGAGAUAAUCUGCUGUUGCAGUCUGAGGAAUGCAUGCAACAGCAUCUGCACUCUAAAGUACUAAGAGACACAGACUGAGAACACCAGUGACAAGAUGGAUAAGAUGGACUGACUGAAACUGACACUGUAACCUAAGUUAGGAAGAUUUUAUCAACAACAAAAUAGUUUAUUGCACUUUUAGCAAAAACAGUAUAAGGUUAAACAAAUUAUUUUUCCUAACCCUUAUGGAACUGUGUAGAAAUGUAUUUAACUAAUUACUAAUUCACUGUCUCCUAAUGAAUGUGGCAUGAACACUAAGAACUAAAACAAAGACUCCUUAAUCAGGAAUGUAAUUUAAAGCUGCUACAUGGAAAUUUUAAUUUCGGUAAAUGGUCUUUAUUUUUUAUAGCGCUUUUGUGAUGCCCACUCAAUUUUAGAUCUGCACGAUCUAAUUCCAUUGUUACUAUGAUCAUGCUGUUUGCUGUUUUUGAUGACGUCAUGCAGCCUUUCAAGUGCUCCCUGAGACGAAGCUUGUUGGUGAAUGUAUACUGUUAUUAUGAAGUCCCAUGUAAAAAUAAUGUUUGGCACCUUGCCAUGAGGGGAUAUAGGUCUGGACAGCAGUGUUGCUUGUGCAACAGCAAUGCACAAGCUGUUGUUCAUGUUAACGCACACAACUCCUCCUCUGCCCUUGUUAGGUCUAAUUGUUUAUAGCAGGGGUGUCAAACAUACCGCCGGCCGGAUACGGCCCGCUAGGGGGUCCAGCUCGGCCCGCCGGAUACAUGCUCUAAAUAAAAAAUAAUACAAAUAAAUUUGAAAUAAAAAAUGAAAAAAGUCAAACUGCCGUCUCACUCUAUGCCAGUGAUUCUCAAACUGGUGGGGUUCAGAGGCAUAACAGGUGGGGCGCGAGACCGGGAGGGGGAAAUGUGAGGCUGAACUAAUGUUUAGACGUCAGCAUCUCUUUAACGGUGGUACAGUAAACAAAUCGGUCCAUCGCCGUAGCCAGGGAUUGGCACUGGCGCCCUGUACAGUGUUGUGCAUGUCGUGAAUAUUUUUGGCGAACAAUGAACUCACGUUCAAGUUAAUUUGUUAAAUCAGCAUCAUAUCAGGCCAGCAUGAAAUACCAGGUGCGGCAAAUGUGUGGGUGUGCCGCCACCCUGAGCGAUGCGACAUCGUCCAGGGCAGAGGGGCUUGGCGGCGGCGGUGAAAAAAAAAACGGGGGGCACGAAGCCAUUAUGCCAUGAUUUUGCUGGUCUGGCCCUCUUGAGCUCAAAGUGGUCAGUAUGCGGCCCCAUAACUAAAAUGAGUUUGAGACCCCUGUUUGAGAAAACUAUUUUCUCUGUGAUUGUCUCAUUUGCUGUUGUAGGUCAUAAAGAGGCAGACUUAUUCAAAUUAUACCAUUUCAUAGCAAUUUAAUACUCCUUGUAGGGGCUUUAAACAACCAGCCAGGAAAAGAGUGGGGAGCCUGACGAUACAAAUUUGAUCCAGAGUUCACGAGACAUGUAGACUCACACACAAACACACACAAUCCUAGGUGAAAUGAUGGAAUACUAACUUAAACGUUUACCGAAUUGGUAACAUACAUUACCAGUCAAUUUGAACACACCUUCUCACUAAUGGUUUUUCUUUAUUUUUCUUUCUUUCUACAUUGAUAAUUAAUAUUGAAGACAUCAAAACUACGAAGGAACACAUGGAAUUAUGUGGUAAACAAAAAAGUGUUAAACAAACGAGAAUAUGUUUUAUAUUUAUAUAUGUUCGUCACCUGAAAUCGUUUACAAUUAACAGGUUUGCCUUGUCAAGUGUUAAUUUGUGGAAUUUCUUGCCUUAAUGUGUUUGAGACCAUCAGUUGUGUUGUGCAGAGGCAGCACAGCUCUAUACAGUAAAUAGGCCUAUUCGACUACAGUUCUAAUCCAUAUUAUGGCAAGAACCACUCAACUAACUAGAGAGAAACGACAGUCCAUCAUUACUUUAAUACAGGAAGGUCAGUAAAUCAGGAAAACUUAAAGAACUUUGAAUGUAUCCUCAAGUUCAUUCGCGAAAACCAUCAAACGCUAUGAUAAAACUGGCUCUCAUAAGGAGCGCCCCAGGACAGGAAGACCAAGAAUUACCUCUGCUGCCGAGGAUAAGUUCAUUAGAGUUACCAGCCUCAGAAACCACAAAUGAACAGCACGUCAGAUCAGAAGCAUCAUAAAUGCUUAAUAGAGUUCAAGUAGCAGACACACCUCAACAUCAGCUGUCCAGGGGAGACUGCGUGAAUCAGGCCUUCAUGGUCAAAUUGCUGCAAAGUAGACACCACUACUGAGGAAGAACAGGGUAGAAGGUGUGUCCAAACUUUUGACUGGUACUGUAUCCGGUGCCAAUUAUUUCUUCAAAGCCAUUUUUGUUAACAGAGCCAGAGAGUCCAUUUUAUUUAUUGUUUUGGUUAUGUGUGGUUUAUCUUAUGUUUUAAAGUAUGUAUUUAGGAUAGUUUCAUAUUUUUUCAAUCAAUCAAUCAAUCAAUCAAAUUUUAUUUGUAUAGCCCAUAUUCACAAAUUACAAUUCAUCUCAUAGGGCUUUAACAGGGUGUGACAUCCUCUGUCCUUAACCCUCAGCAAGAGUAAGGAAAAAUUUUUAAUUUUUUAUUUUAAUUGAAAUGUCAAACUGAAUAUCCUUAAGAAUUAAGUUAAUUGCUCUGUGAAAGGGUGUAGCCUGCUUGCAUGAUUGUGCUACUGCAUGAUCAGUCAAGAAAAUGUUUAAUAGGUGUAUUAUUGGAUUCCAAAAAUUGGUUGCGCGCACUUGCAACCAAUGUAAAAAGUUAGUCAGGAACCCUGAUGUGAUCUAUUUGUUAUGAAAAAUAAUAAUUUAGUAUACCCUUGAAGGAUGUUAUGAAAAAUAAAAUGGCCCUUGAUAGAUAAAAGGUUCCCCAUCCUUGAGCUAGGACAUCAUUAUUUCAAUUGAAAAUAUAUAUGCUCUGCCUUUCAUUCUAGCUGUAUUCUUGUGCUUUAACUUUUGUUUAAAAUUCAGUGAUUGGUUAUGAUUUUUCAAGAAUCUUUAUAUUUUGGGGUCCAUUGUUUGGAGCCCACUGUAUACAGACAUGUGACAUAUUAACCUGAAAAAUGAGUGGAGAAGCAGGGUGACAAAGACAAAUUUAUAAGGCACACAUGUUGACCAAACUCCUCACUCAGACACUUUAUAUUGGCUUAUCCUUUAAUUUUCAUUUUUUUCCCACUAUCAUUAGAAAACCUUGGACACUGGUGGGUAGAAGUACUCAUACACUAUAUUUUAACAAUGCAUCAGAGUACACAUGAAGGCUACCAAGUGAAGCUUUGGAGCAUUUGUAUUGCUCGGAUAGCAAAAGCAUGAGUCAACAUCAAUUGAGUUUAAAACAUUUUUUAUCAAGUCUGUAAUGUGUGAACUCUACAGAUUUUAAAAAGUAGCUAUGUGUGGAAAUUAGAGCAUGAGUACAAAGCUCAGAGGGACAACAGCAUUGUGGGUAAAUGCAGAGUUGAUGCAAACUGAUCCCUGUGCUGGAUUAAAUGUUUACAACGCUAACAACCUGAGAAACAAGUCAGACAUUAUUUGUCCAUUGCCUCAGAUUUACAUUAUGUCACCUAAUUUGUUAUUUGUUUGAAGGGAAAUAAAGUACGCUAUGGUUGAACAUUUGGAUUACUUCAACUGUUAAUUUAUUUUCUGCUGCUCCUGAUACCUACCCCCAACAAUCUGCACCACAAAUGCAAACCUUUUUUUACAAUCAGAUUCCUGACAUCUGCCAAAGCUCAGAAGCCCAGCAGAAUUUGAAUGCAGUCACUUGUCUUCUUUGCUAUCAAUUAUAUCUGUUGUAUUCUGUAUUCCCCCUGUGCUGCCUUCCCGCUCACACUAUGUUAAACUAAUGUAAGUAAAGAUGUCAUAGGUUUAAACUUGGAAUGUAACAAUGUGAAUGUAUAAAUAGAUGCAGUGCUCUGUGUGUGUGGGUCUGGUUCCUGACUCUCAACUGAGAAGCUAGACUGAACUUUAUCAUAAAACUCUUUUUUGGU